AUGGGCAAAAAGAAUGCGCCUAAGAGCGGGGGUGGUUCCGGCGAUGCCUCAGAAGGGAAAGGUAAGCUGAAACCUGCGAAUGCCAUCAAAGUGCGGCACAUACUAUGCGAAAAGCACUCCAAGAGCAUGGAGGCGAUGGCCAAGCUGAAGGAGCGGGUAUCGUUCGACAAGGUCGCCGAACAGUUUUCCGAAGACAAGGCAAAGGCAGGGGGUUCCCUGGGGUGGAUGACGCGAGGUUCAAUGGUCGGUGCGUUCCAGGACGCGGCAUUCGCGUUGCAGCCCUCGACGGUUGGGAAUCCAAGCUAUACAGACCCUCCGGUGAAAACGAAUUUUGGAUAUCAUAUCAUCAUGGUGGAGGAGCGGAAGUAG